GUAAAUCCACUGACAAAACACGCGAGGAUAGGCUGAUGACUGUCACGUUGAAAGAUCGAGCUGCGUUUUUGCUGGAUCUUUGCUCCAUGCUUGCUCCUGAUUUGUUUGGCUCACGAAGUCAUUGCUUGCACCAGUUCGAGAGUCGUUGAUUCUCAGAGUGAUGGCGACGAACGGCUCCAACGGCUACGACUUGCCGUUUGGUAUACGACUCAUCGAGGAUAGUAAGAUCUCCGCAGAAAAACGUGCCGAGCUCUACUUGAGGCCAAAGAUCGACUUAGCCACUGCUAAAAGCCGGGCGGAGCCCAUCAUUGCAGAGGUGCGCCAAGAUGGCGAUGCCGCGCUGGCGCGCCUGGCGAAGCGCUUCGAUAAGGCAGAGCUGUCGCAGGAUGAUUUGGUCAUCGACGUGGCAAGUGCACCAUGGCCAAAGGUGGAGCCCAAAGUGGCCAAGUCUUUGGAUGCCGCCUACGAAAACGUGCGACGCUUCCACGCUGCACAGAAGAAGCCGACCUUGUGCGUGGAGACGAUGCCUGGUGUCGAGUGCCGACGCAUUGCAGUACCCAUUGAGGCGGUGGGCCUCUAUGUGCCUGGUGGCACCGCUGUUUUACCCUCGACUGCGUACAUGCUAGCUGCGCCGGCCAAACUGGCUGGCUGCAAAGAGAUUGUUCUGGCCACUCCACCUCGAGCGGAUGGCAGCAUUUGCCCGGAGGUGAUUUAUGCCGCCAAGCGUGCGGGUGCCACCAAAAUCCUGAAGGCGGGUGGUGCACAGGCCAUCGCAGCCAUGGCCUUUGGCACAAAGAGCUGCCCAAAGGUGCACAAGAUUACCGGACCUGGCAACCAGUAUGUGACCGCAGCAAAGAUGAUGCUGCAAGCCGAUGACGAGGCAGCUGUGUCCAUCGACAUGCCAGCCGGCCCAUCGGAGCAGCUUUGCAUUUUUGAUGUGACCAGCGACCCUUCCUUCGUGGUAGCAGACUUGCUCUCACAGGCUGAGCACGGUCCUGACUCCCAAGUAGUGGGUGUUUUUGUGAGUCCUUCAGGUGAGACCCAGAGCUAUUUGUCCAGACUGCGAGAAGAAUUCGAGCAGCAGACCAGCAAGUUGUCCAGACGGGACAUCACGAAGCAAGCUCUGAGCAAGAGCUUUGUCAUCGUCGUCAACUCCCUAGACGCUGCCAUGAGCUUCUCCAACGGGUAUGGCCCAGAACACCUUGUGGUUCAAACGGCAGACCCCGAGGCGUACCUAGAAAAAGUGGUCAACGCAGGCUCUGUUUUUAUGGGCGCCUUUGCGCCGGAGAGUUGUGGAGACUAUGCCAGCGGCACAAACCAUUGUUUGCCAACAAGUGGGUAUGCUAGACAGUUUGGAGGUGUCUCCACAGACACGUAUUUGAAGUAUGUCACUGUACAAAAGCUCACACCUGCCGGAUUGAAGAGAGUAGGACCCCAUGUCGAGGUCAUAGCAGACGUUGAAGAGCUCGAAGCGCACAGGAAUGCAGUAACUAUUCGGCUGGCGAAGAUUGGCAGAGAACUCUCCUGGCUGGACAAGCUUGCAGCUCUUUGUCGCUUUUGCUAAGAGCCAGCAGAAACGAAGGUACAAAAAGACACCAACGUUGGACCGAACGUGUGCUACGCAGCUUUGAAAGGCAAGGGUGUUCGUUUUUGCGCCUUCGUUUUGAUUUUCGGAGGUUCACCCGUGGAGCGGAGACAACCCCCUGUGCAUAGCCAGCUUCAAAGCACCAAGUUGACGGCAAUCUAAGGGAUGCACUUGAUCACACGAUUGAAUUCCUUUGUUGGACUGUCCGUGGUCCUGUUUUCCAUAACAACUGUUUACAUCUUGCAUUUGCUCGAGCUGAGCUCGCGUCUCCGCAAGUAGCGACUCAAUGAGUUGAUUCUCUUGAACAGUGGCGAAGAGGGAGAUCGAGAGCUGGAUCGGGAAGAGUUUCAUCGAGUCCUUGGG